AGGCCUUGGCUGCGCGCCGGAGACCAUGAGGCGCGACGUUCGGCGGGCUCCUUCCCGGAAGCGGAAGCUCGGGGGCCGGGCCAAGGGCGGCCGGGAGUCUGCGGCGGUUAAUUCCUUUUACCGUGCGGCUUUGCUUCACUCCGUCUGGACUUUCCUGAAGCUGCGAGAGAUGGUUAGGUCCGGAUCUCGACCGGGCCAGGUGUUAUCUUCAGGAAAGCACCCUGGACCUGCUAAGUUAACAAGUGGGAAGAAAGGGACCCAUGUAAGAAAGAUACCCCGUUUUAAUGCAGAUUCUGGCUGUCCCACUCAUUCCGAUUCAGAAAGUCAGACUGAAACUGUACAGGGGCUUGAUGGUUGUGCCUCUCUUCUGCGGGACAUUUUAAGAAAUGAAGAUUCAGGUUCAGAAAUAGCAUAUUUGGGAAAUAGAUAUAACCCCAAACCUUUGGAAAGCAAAAGAUACGGAUCUAAGAAGAAAGGACAUGAAAAGCAUGCUUUUCCUUCAGUAGUCGGCAAAGAAAUUUUAUCUUCAGAUAGUAAGAAACCUAUACCUAAUGAAGCUUCUGCUGGAAGUGAAAGAGACUCAUCAGAUAUACCACAAAAUUGGUCACUACAAGAUCAUUAUAGAAUGUAUUCACCCGUAAUAUACCAAGCCCUCUGUGAGCAUGUGCAGACUCAGAUGUCACUGAUGAAUGACUUGGCUUCAAAGAGCAACCCUAAUGGAAUUCCUACUGUACCUUGCCACACUGUGUCUGGUUCUGAAUCUCAGGCAACUCCACAUUCUAGUUAUGGCUUAUCCCACUCCACCCCAGUCCUGUUAUCUCAGCACUCACCCUGCCCUCCAAUGGUUCAUUGUGAAGUUCAGACUGAUGGUGACAACAAGUUUGCAUCACAGGAUAAAACAACUUCUGUGAACUGUACUGAUGAUGUUCUAAGGAAUUCCUUCAGUGCUAGUCUUGGAGUUCCAUGUGGCCUGCCCCAAACUGACAAACCAGCUAUUCCAAAAUUUCAGCAGCUGGAUCUUGCUAAUGGGAUUCUGCCACAACAAAGAGUUCCUAAUGAGUCAGACCUACUAAAGUGUUUCCAAACAUAUAUGAAUCUGUUGCAUUCUCAUCCGGACAGUCAGACACACCGAAGUCCCACUCUAUUACAGCCAGCUUUCUUGGCUACCAAUGAAGAAAAAUGUGCCAAAGAACAAAUUGGAGAGGUUAGAGGUGAAGGAAAGGAUUUAAACAUACAUGUGCGAGAUUCAAGAAAAAAGGAUGUGCAGAAGGCAAAAAACGUGAACCAGAGUGCUGAAAGAAUUAGAACUAUAAAGUAUUUGUUGGGAGAGCUCAAGGCUCUGGUAGCAGAGCAAGAAGAUUCAGAAAUUCAGAGGUUGCUUACAGAAUUGGAGUUGUGUUUAUCUCUGCUUCCAGCAGUAAGUGGAAAUGCAAAUAUUCAGGUGGAAAUAGCACUGGCCAUGCAACCACUAAGAAGUGAAAAUGCUCAGUUACGCAGGCAAUUGAGAAUUUUGAACCAGCAACUUAGAGAACGAGAAAAAACUCAAAAGGCAUCUGGUUCUUUGGAAUGCAACCUUGAAUUGUUUUCUCUUCAGUCAUUGAACAAGUCCCUGCAAAAUCAAUUACAGGAGUCACUAAAGAGCCAGGAAUUACUACAGAGUAAAAAUGAAGAGCUUUUAAAAGUAAUAGAAAAUCAAAAAGAUGAAAACAGAAAAUUUGCUGGCAUAUUUAAAGAGAAAGAUCAAACUUUACUUGAAAAUAAACAGCAAUUUGACAUUGAGACAACAAGAAUGAAAAUUGAAUUGGAGGAAGCCUUAGUCAAUGUGGAAAGCUCCCGGUUUAAAUUAGAAGCUGCUGAAAAGGAAAAUCAGAUAUUGGGAAUAACCUUACGUCAGCGUGAUGCCGAGGUGACUCGACUGAGAGAAUUAACCAGAACUUUACAGAGCAGUAUGGCAAAGCUUCUCUCAGAUCUUAGUAUGGACAGUGCUCGCUGCAAGUCUGGGAAUAAUCUUACCAAAUCACUUCUGAACAUUUAUGAAAAACAACCUCAGCAUGACCCAAUCCCUGCUCACACUUCCAUAAUGAGCUACUUAAAUAAGUUAGAACCAGAUCAGUCUAUCAUUACACAUUCAGAACCACUUUCUGCAAUUAGCAAUGAGAAAAACAUAGUGCCAGGUAGACCCUAUGAAAAUGUUCUGCCCUCCAAAGGCCCUCAACAUAGUAAUACUAGGAGCAUGGAGGAAGUAUCAGCCCCAGGAAUCAUUUCUGCCCUUUCAAAACAGGAUUCUGAUGAAGAGAGUGAAGUUACAACUUUAAUAGAAGAGUAUAAUUUGGAUAAGACAAUUUACAUUCCAUUUGCUAGAAGCACUUCAGUAAAGAAAUCACCACUGUCCAAGAGAUUAUCCCCCCAGCCACAACUCAGUGUAGCUCCACCGCAGCGUGUCAGCAACAGUGGACUUGUUGUCGCUGAAAAAGAAAAUAAAUUGUGUGCACUCGGAGUUUGCUCCUCUUCCAAAAAGGAAGCAGAUGUGCCUGAGAAACUUUCCAGAACAGCUGAUAUGGAGGACAAACAGCUCCUCGAGAAAAUAAAGGAAGCCAUUUGCAAGAUCCCUGCUGCCACCAAGGAGCUAGAGGAAUUGGCUGCAUGUCACGGCCCCUCCUCUUGUCAGAGGAGCAGCAUUCAGGUGAAAAGCAGUGCAGUCUCCGAUGGUAGCUUUUUAAAUUCUGACUUGACCUCUGAUUGGAGCAUCUCUUCUUUUUCAACGUUCACUUCUCGUGAUGAACAAGACUUCCGAAAUGGCCUUGCAGCACUGGAUGCCAACAUUGCUCGCCUCCAGGAGUCCUUAAGGACCGGUCUUCUGGAGAAGUAAACUCAGAAGAAGAGAAAAAUCCUUUUUAAGAAUAGAACUUGGCUACAUUGAAUGUAUAUUUUAAAUUUCUUUAGAGAAAAGUUUUAUAUUAAUUAUGUGUGAAAGAAUAAAUUGAAUAAUAAAUUUAUUAUUGGAAUAUAUUGACACUGCUUAUAGAAACAAGUCAUCCUAAGAAAUUGACAUUUGCUAAAAGAAGAAAGUUGUGUAUAACUAGGAAAGUACUGUAAGUAUUGUAAAUAUUUUAUUUAGUAUUUAGCAAUUAGAGCUUUUUCUUACUUUGCUGGGCUCAGGGUGCAGGUUAGAAGGAUUCUCUGGUCGUCCUAAAGGAUAAUGGGAAGGGAGUCUUUGGUUAUAAUUUACUGUGUUAAAACUAGAGUUUCUUUUCUCUUUCAGGAUUCCUGUUUGAUUUUAAUGACACUGUGUUUUUAUAUGGGAUGUUCUGUGCUACAGGCUGGUGGUGUUGGUGAGACAUAUCAACAUUUAUUUUAAGAGAAAAAGUGCCAAUAUCUCCACUUCUUAAAAACGUUGAUUGGUCUAAAAAUAUAUAGAUAACAUCCUAAGUUAAUAUAUGGUUUCUUAAAAUUUUGACACUUUUAUUUAUUUUUAUCCUGAAUUCAUGUUUAAGACCAUUAAAAACUGAAGUCAGACUGAUAAAGAAAUACUAACAGAUAAGUUUUACUUUUGGAAAUUUGGUUUUUAAAUAAAUAAGUGUUUAUUUGUUUUUUGUCAUUAUGUUUGAACAUGGUGGAUUUUAUAAAUCUUGAACUAUUUGUAAUUCUGCCUUUCUGGAUGAAUUUUUUUUUAGCACUUUAGCUGAGAACACUGUCUAUUCUAUAAGUAAUAUGAGCUAGGUUGGUCUCUGCUUCUUUAUACUAGCACUUCCUAGUAUACCUAGCACAUUUCUUCUUUUUCAUGGUUCACUUCUCGUGAUGAACAAGACUUUUGAAAUGGUCUUGCAGCACUAGAUGCCAACAUUGCUAGACUCCAGAAGAUGAUAACUACUUGGUGUCAUCUCCUUGCAUCUAAGCAGCACACUUUAACUCUUAGAAAGUUGGUGAAUGUUGUGCUAUCAGUGAUACUUCAUACACGUCACCUGCCUGGGUCAUUGUCUUUAGUGCUUGAGCAGAUUUUAGCAUUAAAGAGUGCUCUGCUGAUACCAGAGCCUCUUCCUGCUGGUUUUUAAAUGUUGGGACUACAACUUCUGAAGGACCCAGGUACAGUCUCUUUGACAUGUUCAGAGUUUAUAGAAAGAGAUUUCUCAAGUCUGAAAAUAGUAAAUGAAUUCUAAUCUAUUUUCACAGAA